AUGGAGCUCAAGCCGGAGCGCGCCUCCUCCAGGCCCCCUUCAAUCGCAAUCGAAGACCACGCCCACCAACGUCUCCCCACCGAUUCGAUGGUCACUGUGCCCCUUUCCGAUCUCCUCCCCAGCCCGAAGGAGAUUGACCGGAACAGCAAGUUUUCAGAAAUUGCAAUCUCACCCGCCAAAUCCCGUACGGAAUCAAUCGUGGCAGCAGAUUUCUUGACCCUGGAAGAUGAAAUUGGAUCAAAGCCUGUUUCGCAGACCUCGUCCCGGAGGGGGUCGAUGGUCAAUGUCCCAGCCCCGAAUGACGACGAAGAAAACAAAGAGUUGGAUGACACGAGCUCUGUGGACUGGGUGGAGCUGGAAAAGACUGAAGAAAUGGAAUCCAAAUCAGAUCCAGCGGAUGAUGCAUCAACUGCUCUACUAUUGGCAAGGUUGGAACAAGAGAACAAUGCCCUUGCAACAGACCCCAAGUCAGCGGUUUCGGGCAGCCCAAAAUCAAAACGGACCUCCAGGCCGCCCUCCAUCCAGCAGCUCAAGAAAUUGGUGGACGACCCACGAUCGUCACUCCGGUACUCGCUGCUACCCACCCCCCAAAUGACUGAACUGGAGUUCUGGGCUGCCCUCGUGGCAGACUACCCUCGCACCGCGCAAAGACUUCCCACACUCACGUCUAACAAGAUCCGGGGAGGCGUGCCUCCUCCUCUUCGAGGGGUAGUCUGGCCCAGCGUUGCCGGCGCCAGGGACGAGGCCCUCCAAGAGGAAUUUGAGAAACUGAGCGGCGAAUCGAGCCCAUACGAAGGUCUCAUCGGCAAAGAUAUUGGCAGAAGCUUCCCAAACGUAGAGAUGUUUAGAGACCCAAACGGCGAGGGGCAGCAGAUGUUGGCCAAAGUUUUAAAGUGCUUUAGCCUCCACGACACGAAGAUUGGAUACUGCCAGGGCCUCGGAUUCGUGGUUGGUCCUCUUUUAAUGCACAUGAGCGAAGCCGAGUCGUUCUGUGUGCUCGUUAGACUCAUGGACCACUACGAUCUCCGAUCAUGCUUUCUACCAACCCUGUCCGGACUCCAUUUGCGCAUUUACCAGUUCCAGACAUUGCUUUCCCGCCAUUUACCAAACCUGCAUGCCCACCUCGAGGCGCUCAACGUGGAGCCUGUGUAUGUAUCGCAAUGGUUCUUAUCCUUUUUUGCUGUGACCUGCCCGCUUCCAAUGCUACUUCGUAUCUAUGAUGUCCUGCUUCUCGAGGGCGCUUGCGAAACUCUGAUGCGCGUCGCGCUUUCAUUAAUGCAACGAAACGAAAAGAAGCUUCUGGCAUGCCAUGAAUUUGAAGAUGUGAUGCAGCUUCUGCUAUCAAGGACAAUUUGGGACACCUACUGUUGCAACGCAGACGAUCUUGUCAACCACUUUGUUUCUCUAACAUCGCUGGUAACCCGCGAGAGUCUCCAGCGGCUGGAAGCGGGCUAUAAGGAAUCUCAGGCGUCUUCAUCGAGCGUCUACCUACCUCAGCUGCAAGCGGUGGCUUCCCGCUUUCUGGGUCGAUUAUGGGCGGGGUCUAAUUCGCACAAUUCCACCAGGUCACUGGCGCUCAAUCCUGGAACCCCCUUUAGCCCAUCAAUAAUUCGCCGUACCCCCUCAAAGCAAAGCAUGGCUUCUACGCUCAAUUCUUUCGAGUCGACUUCCGACGCCAGCACUGCGGCAACGGAGUUCUCCUCGGAUAGUACCAAGCGCAAAAAGCUGACGGCGCAAAGCAAAGAUAAAGAUUUACAUACCCAAAUUGAGGAUCUUUUGAUGGCCCUGACCGACAUGCAGCGUGAGCAUGCCAAUCUGGCAAAGGAGCUACAAAGGGAGCGUGAAGAGCGUGAAGAGGACCAGCAGCUGGCUAAAGCCAUGCUUGGAUACAUCAAGGAUCAAACAGAAAACGAACAAACCGUUGAGCUGGUUACAAAGGCGAACAUUCGUUUUUCCUCCACCGACUCCCGCCGAUUAUCUAUGCAACAGACUAAGCAACAGCUUCGAGACGACAUUACGCUGUGGCGAGAGAAAUACGAAAUUGAACUCGCCCGAUGCCAGAAUCUGGGCCGGACGAUCGAUGAACACGAGCGUGAAAAUGCCCGACUGAAGGAAGAGCUACGAGAAACCCGGUCCCGCGUCCAAGACGCCCACAAGGCCAAACAGCGUCUGGAGCGAACAAUCCAAGAACUCAAAUCCCGUAAAUUAUCCUCCUCUGACCCCUCUGACCGGCGCCAUUCCACCAUCGAGGAUGAGCGCACGUCCACCAACGGCCUCCGCGAAUUCAAACUCGGCAAAGCCACCACGUCGUCCACGCACUCCACAUCCCCCAAGGCUUCUACCUUUUCCAAGCGCACCAGCUCUCUCGGUGCACCCGCAAUGUUUUUCCCUCCAGAAAAUGCCGACGAGGACGCCCUUCUCACAGAGCUCGUCAUCGCAAAGACCUCGGAGGCCGUCGCGCGGCAGGAACUCGACGAGGUCAAAGCCAAACUAGAGCAUCUCCGUAAAUUAGUUUCGAAAACAGGCGUGUGCAUUUCUACUGCGACGACACCGCAGGUGGAAACUGUGCAACCGUUAACGACCGGUUGGCUGGCAUUGUCUGGCACACCUAAAACGGCACAGUCGAAUUCCAGUGCCAACUCGGCGAAUAGUGCUGGCGGUGGGUUUUUUAGCGGAUGGGCGAAAAGGACCAUGUCUUCGGGAAAUAUAUCUAUCACGGAAUCUAAGUAA